AUGGUGACAACGUACACGGGUGGUUUGCACGUGGUGCAAAGUAGGAGUGACCACAGCGACGGACACCUACCAGACGCCACGUGUGCUGCGGUAAAGCGCACACUUGAUGACUUGCAAGACAGGGCCACUCAAACUCGAGAAACGCCGUCUCAGGUCGUUGCUAGCGUGGUUGCGGAUAGCCUGCGACAAGCUGAAGUUACACAAGCGCUGCCUGGCCGUCGGGCACUGCUGCAACGAGUUAGAAGAGCACGGUCGGCGUUGUACCCUCUGGAACCAGACAAUGUGCAAUCUGUCAACCUGACACCCCCUUGGAACAGAACCAUCAGCGGAGAAUUAUUUCUUCUCGACAGUGUGAUCUCCCGUGAUGGCGGCCAAAUGCUCAUAUUUAGCACCGCGAGAGAUCUUGCAGUGUUGUCCUCAUCAGAGCUUGUGUUAGGCGAUGGGACAUUUAAAGUCGUCCCAAAGCAGUACACGCAGCUGUACACCUUGCACGCGUGGUCAUCUAGUAACACCGCUGCAAGAAAAAUUGUUCCGCUAGUGUACGUGCUGACGACCAGGAAAACAGAAGACACCUACUUUACCAUGUUCGAGACGAUAAAGGAGAGAGCGCGAACAUUCGGCAUCGUCGGAGGGCUCGAGCCGCUUUUCUUCAUCACGGACUUUGAAUUGGCUGCGAUGAACGCUAUUCGCCACUCGUUUCCCGGGGCAAUAGUUCACGGAUGCCUGUUCCAUCUGUGUCAGAGUAUUUACCGAAAAGUCCAACGGGAGGGGCUUCAAGCCAGGUACGCCACCGACCCCGAAUUCAGCCUGCGACUUCGGGAGUUACCUGCCCUCGCGUUUUUGCCCCCUGAGGACAUCAGAAGAGCAUAUAACAGCCUCAAAGCACAAAAGCCGGCAGAUGCAUCUGGCGUUUUCCAGUGGUUUGAGAGCUACUAUUUGGCUGGUACUGUCCGCACGCAAGGCCGAUACCAGGCAAGGCUACCCCCCCUUUUCCCCCCUGAGGUGUGGACAGUAGACCCGCUUAUGAACGCUGGACAACCUCGUGGUACGAACCAUGUUGAGGCAUGGCACCGGAGAUUCAACAGCCUCGUGGGAGUGGCCCAUCCUGAAUUAUACCGGUUCAUUGAGGCUGUAAAAAGAGAACAGCGAGAAACUGAAAUCCUAUUGGAGUCCCUGCUGCGAGGAGCCCAACUACCGACUCAGCGGUCAGCCACGAAGAAAAGGGAAGAAGCGCUACGGCGACUGUUUGACAGACGUCAAGAAAUGAGCUCUGCUGACUAUUUACGAGCUGUCGCUCAUCACUUAAAAUAG